AUGACAGUGGAACAGGAUGUGGUGAACUAUGAUAUUAGUGCUUUGAAUUCCUACACGUUUGCUGAUCUAUCCGAGAUCAAGCGCAAUCUUGAAACGACACUCACUGAUCUGUUUGGAAAAUUGGACCAGGUGAGUAGCUCUACCAGAGCAAAGUCAAAAUCAGACAAGACCAAAACUAACAAUUCUAUUAAAGCAUGGCGUUAA